GGAAGACCUGCGCCUACACCAACCACACGGUGCUGCCCGAGGCCUUGGAGCGCUGGCCCGUGCCCAUGUUUGAGAAGCUGCUGCCCCGGCACCUGGAGAUCAUCUACGCCCUCAACCAGCAGCACCUGGACAGAGGACGGUGGUCCAGGACCAGGGGAACUUAGCACUCAGGCGUGCUCACAGUCCAUUUUUCUAACCUUCUGGAUGACACAGUGGCAGUUCCCACUGGUCAGGAUGUGGCUGCGCCCUGCCGGGCCAGCGGGGACCACACCCUCUGUUCCUGGACAUCGCUCGGCAUGUCCUGGGCAUCCGGGCCUCCUGUCUCCUCCCACAGGGCAGCCCCGCCAGCGUGUGGCCGCCCUGUUCCCCGGGGACGUGGACCGCCUGCGGAGGAUGUCCGUGAUCGAGGAGGGGGACUGCAAGCGCAUCAACAUGGCCCACCUGUGUGUCAUCGGGUCCCACGCUGUCAACGGUGUGGCCAGGAUCCACUCGGAGAUUGUGAAGCAGUCGGUCUUUAAGGAUUUCUAUGAGCUGGAGCCAGAGAAGUUCCAGAACAAGACGAACGGCAUCACGCCCCGGCGCUGGCUGCUCCUGUGUAACCCGGGGCUGGCUGACACCAUCGUGGAGGUAAGAUGGCACCUCCGAGCCCAGCGCCUGCAGGUGCCUUGCAGUUGGGACGCCCGGCGAGGGAGGGCUGGGCUGGGCAGUCGGUCAGCAGCCCCAGUAGCCGGUGCCAGAGCUGAGAGGUGAGGUCCUGGGCCCAGGCCGGCUGCCAACCGGAGGCCUUCGUGAGCCGGACACGUGGUCGCUACCGACUUGCUGACUUGCUCGCUCAGGAAGGCAGGUGCCGGUGGGGGUGGGCCUGGGACGAGGGCUGCAUGUCAGGGCGGGCUUCCCCAAGAGGGACGGACGGCAGAGCUGAGGUCUCAGAGCUGACGGGAGGCGG